AUGUUGCCGGAAGUUGGUUAAAUCGACACCGACUUCGUCAUCACAAAACGAAAGUGUCAUGGCGGAAUUAGACGAAAACGCUCGUGAUAAGGAAAAAUCGUUGGCAAAAAACAGUAAAACUGAGGACGGUGAAAAUAUGAAAAAACAGAUUCACAAGCCCUGUUCCCAGGGCAAGCAAGGCACAUCCACCGCUGUUACCACCACGGAGUACUGCGAAAAAUUACAGGAGUGGAUGUGGCAGUACUACUACAGCUAUAUGAACUGGCAGAGCUGGAUAGCCAUGUCUGCGUUUUCCUUCCCACCGUGUUUCCCAACACAAGGAACAAAUGAAACGCCCGGGGCGACGACAUGGGGUGCAGAUAUGUCUAAUGGAGACCUUCGCAACUGGUUUAGCAGCCCGUUUGUUUUUCCUGCUGCGGCUGCUGAAGCAAAUCCUCGAGCUCCAGCCUCAGCAGCUGCGCAGCUGCCACAGCAACAACAACAACAGCAGCAGCCUAAUGGAAACGCUCAACAGCUAGGUAGGGAAUAUUCUAUUCCCUCUCCUCUCCAACGAUUCUUGGCAGAAAUGGUGGAUUUCUUUAUUCUUUUUUUCAUUAAGGCUACAAUUAUCCUCAGUAUUGUCCACUUGAGUGGAAUGAAGGACAUCUCAAAGUUUGCCAUGCACUUUAUUGUAGAGGAAAUUGAUGAGGACACGUCAAUGGAGGAACUGCAGAAGAUGAUGCUUGUGGCUCUAGUGUACAGGAUAUUAGUUUGCUUUUAUGAGAUCAUAUGUAUUUGGGGAGCUGGUGGGGCGACACCAGGGAAGUUCCUCCUUGGCUUGCGAGUGGUCACAUGUGACAGCUCCGUCCUGGUUCAGCCAAACCGCGUUCUUGUGGUUCCCGCGACUAACGUCACGCUUUCUGCGUCGACAGUGAGAGCGUUAAACAAGAACUUCUCCAUCGCUUUCUUCUUUCCGGCGUUCAUCACGUUGCUUUUCUUUCAGCACAACAGGACUGUGUAUGACAUUGUGGCCGGCACCAUUGUGGUCAAGAGAAACAGGCUUAGAUGACUGUCACUGAAGUUGAUACCAACCCGAAAUUGUAAUGCAAAAACAAGCUCAUAGACAAAUGAGAGCGAACCAGCUGCAGUGACACAUGCUGAACUGAACUAAUGCUAUUGGCCUCUCGAAGAACUGUCACUUUAAGAGCUGAACAUGGUAUUUCCAGUAUUUCUCACCCAUCUUCUUUGGACACCUAGACUUAUAAGCAUGAACUGCUUUCUCAGAAGUAUUUUUUAAUCAUCUGUGGUGACAUCUUUGAAUAUUUUUCUUGUGCCAAAAAUAAGAUAAUUUAUAAAUGAGCUUUCUCACGAUACUUGAACUUCCUCUGGUACAUGAAUUUCAUCUCUUUCUCUCUGUUUGUUAAUGUAUGUGGAUUAUUGAUCUGAAUAUUUACUAAGAAUAUUCUUUAACUAAUGAAAUUUGAGCAGGAAUUUUUAUUUCUCCAAAUGCAAUAGUUUGGUUAUAUAUCCUAAUCUACUGACUGGAUUUGUAUUUCAGAUGAAUGUUUUGUACCUAAUUAUUCGUCCCAUUUUAUGGCCUUUAAAAACUUUAAAAACUUUUUUUAGCCGUUUUGCAUACUGUAUUUUCACUGCAUGCCUUUUUCAGCUCUGUGUUCUGCACUAUUCUAAGCUGCUGAGUUGAACAGUUCAACUUUAAUUUGCCUCAUUCUUUUUCAGUUUGUUUUUCUUUUUGGAUUGUUUAGAUAUGGCCAAUCAUAAAUAAUUCAAUUAUGUCCCAGAGAAAGCCUUCUGUGUUGUCUCUGUUUAUAGAUUGACUAUUUAUACCAAUAACAAUCCUUUGAAUAGACAUGUUUAAACAGGGAUUUACAGCACAUGAAAAAGGGAUUCAUUUUUUUAAAAUUGUGUUUACAUAUGCAGAUGAAAAGUAGUUUGCAUUAGGUUCAUUUCCAAAUAGCUGUAAGUCUGUCAGCAAAUAUUUCACUUAAAAUAAGUCACUUAAAACACUUUAAAUAUAGGACUGGACAGUAAUAAACUUCUGAAUGAUGCUGAUUCAUGUAAGAAAAAUACAUUAAUUAAA